UCUUCAACAUGGCUGCAAGCCGCAAGGCUGACGAUGCCCUCGGGGUAAAGACGACUCCUUUCUUCAAAUUAAAAAGAAAGACGGCACCUUUGACUCGGCUUUUGUCUGAUUCUUCUGUCAAACCUCUUUGGAGUUGGAGUUGGAGAAGCUAAUAGUUUGCCCCAACUAUAUUUCUGUUUUGGAAACCAGGAGGAGCUAAUAUGGUGCCGUCUUUGAUGUCGACGCCAUCGUCGGCGACGGUAAGAGUUGAGAAAGCGACGAGCCACCUUUUGAUGAUUCCGGACUGGACGAUGAACAUGGAUAUCUGCGAUGCCAUCAACACCGAUCCCUUGCAAGCAAAAGAUAUUGUGAAAGCUGUGAAGAAGCGUUUGCAAAACAAGAACCCAAGAGUUCAGUUUCUUGCUUUAAUGCUUUUGGAAACAAUGAUAAAGAACUGUGGUGAUUUUGUGCAUUUCCAAGUUGUUGAUCGUGAAAUUUUACAAGAAAUGGUCAAAAUUGUCAGGAAAACCGCGGAUAUUCAGGUGAGGGAUAAAAUUUUGAUUCUGCUAGAAUCCUGGCAAGAAGCAUUUGGUGGAGCUGGAGGAAAGUAUCCACAAUACUACUAUGCAUAUGCUGAACUUAAGACCUCUGGGAUUAGAUUUCCUGAACGCCAAAAAGAUGCUGCUCUAAUAUACACACCUGCUACACAAGCUUAUCACCCACAAGUAGGAUAUGGUAUGCCCAGCAACUCUGUUGAAAGACUUGAUGAUGCAAUUGAAAAUGGAAAUCUUAGUUUAUCAGACUUGAAAAACAUCCGAAGUGUUAUGGAGUUAUUCAUUGAUAUGCUGCAGGCAGUGAACCCAGAAGAUCGCACGGCCGUUGAUGAUGAAGUUAUCACGGAUCUUGCCAGCCAGUGUCGUGUAAACCAAAAGAAGCUUAUGCAGCUGAUUAAUUCAACCGAGAAUGAGGAGCUAUUGGGAGAAGCUCUUGCAUUGUUUGAAAAUUUACAAACUGCAUUUGCAAGACAUGAUGCAAUCGCUUCCGGGUCGCCUUUGCCGCCUGAAAUAGCUCAGCCAUUUUCAAGACCAAGCAUUCUUCCUCCAUCUGUUCCUGCUAUUCAGCAUUUUGAUGACAAAGAGGUAGAAGAAGAUGACUCAACUUCUUUAGCUCACAGAGAUUCUAAAUCUAAAGCAACCGACGAUCACCUGGUCUCACCAAACCAUAGCGACAUCACUACCCCAACUUCAACUUCAGGUGUUUCAGAAGCCUCAUCAUCUAGUACAAGCAAUGCAAUAGUCCUGCUUGAUCCUUCAAUGCCAGAAACUACCUCCAAGAAAGAAGAAGACAUGAUUGAUCUCCUCAGCCUUGUUCUAUCGACCGACCCGCCGCCUCAAACACCCCCCGCACCGCUUCCUCAGUCGAACCAUAAUCAAAAUCCAUUCUCUACUUCUCCCAAUCUGCAACAGUAUCCUAACAAUCCUCAGCCCAUCACAUCGAAUGGUAAUUACGCAAGCUACGACAGUUAUGUUGCACCCUGGGCUCAAUCUGUGGUUUCUCAAUCGCCGGCAUCAUUACCGCCAAAUUUUCCUCAGCAGCAAGUGAUGCCGUACCCAUAUAACUAUCAACCUCCAUCAUGGACUCCUCCUGGAGUAAGUUCAAAUCCUUUCCUAUCGACGGCCUCCCUCCAGUAUCCAGCAAUUCCGCCUCCGAUUGCUCCAGCUGCUUCUGUUCCUGCAACCUCCUUUCAGUAUCCAGCUCCUAAGUCUACUACUUCUCCAGCAAACUCCUUCCAGUAUCCAGCUUCUCAGAAUUCUAUGGCUCUUGUUCCAGCUGCUCCUGUACCAAGUCAGGAUUCCAAGGCCAUACAGAAGUUUACUAACUCAAUAGGCUCAAGAGAAUUCCAUCCAAAUGCUAAUAAUUUAAAGCAAGCAGGUUCGUCGAUGGCCCCGAAGCCGUAUGUCUCGCCGGAUAAGUUGUUUGAGGGCCUUUUAGAGUUGAGGAAUCCUGAUGGAAGUCUCAAGUCUAGAAAUGCUUCUACUCUGUGGGGCUCUUCCGGCGACGGCGACAGCUUGACUGGUGGAAGAAAAUAGCAUGCUGCUAUUUGACAGUUUCUAUAUAUGUUUAGGAUUUUUCAUGCAAACAGAUUUACAUUUUGUUCAUAUAGUGAAGGAUAGGUUUCCUCGCUUUAAUUUGUCUUUUUUUUUAUUGCAUUUGAAUAGUUUAUGUAAUUUAAGAAUGAUUUUAUUAUUGCUUUUUAAAACAGCUUUCUAAUAAAAAAUUGUUUUAAGAAGUAAUAAGAAAACUGUACUAAAUGAAAUAUUAAACAAUAUAAAUGUGUAUAAGUAAUAACAUGUUUACUUGGACA